UUGUCCGUCUGUCAUCCACGUGUUGCGUUGAGCGGUUCGCGUCCUGUCAUUUCACCUGAAAGUUCCGAUGCACCGGUAAUAACCGCGAUCGCACCGGACUUUUUCCAUGUUUCACACACAUUAACCGAGACCAAUUUCAGUUUGUGUUGAAGUAUUUCUAGAGCAGGUAGACUGAAGGAACUCCGUGGAAGCAGGUGAGGGGGUGCCAUGCCAGCUGCUGCUCCCCUGUUGCUGCUCCUUGCCAUCUUGUGGUGGCCUCUGGUAUUGCCUCUGGCCCACGGUCAUCCUCAGAGCUCCCCCACGUUCACCUCCCUUAAUGGCUCCCGCCUCAAUCACCUCCUGCUCGACAACCGGUCGGGUCACGUCUAUGUGGGGGCAGUUAAUGUGCUCUAUCACCUCUCGCCAGACCUGCAGCUGCUCUCCUGGGGCAAAACCGGGCCCAAACUGGACAGCCCGGACUGUCUUCCCCCUAUUGACCCCACCGAUUGCACCCACGCUGAAACCACAGACAACACCAACAAACUUCUGUUGCUAGAAGUGGAAGGAGGACAUCCACUUAGCCUGAUUGUGUGUGGGACGGUCCUGCAGGGCAUCUGCGAGAAGCGAAGUCUGGAGAAUGUCUCACAGGUCCUGUACAAGACUGACAACCCUGUGGACACUCAGUAUGUGGCUGCAAACGACCCUCGUGUGUCCACAGUGGGUGUGGUGGUGGAGCAGAAAGGAGUUUUGCUUAUGCUUGUCGGGCGAGGUUACACCAGUAAAGGACCCGGUGGUAUUCCGCCAAUCACUAUGCGGCGUUUAGCCCCAAUUGGCCAACACUCUGCGCCAGCAUUCUCCCACGAAGAAUUUGGUAAGCUGGUUGUCGGUAGCUACUCGGAAUACAACAACCACUUUGUGAAAGCUCUUCGCCACAACAAUUACGUCUACUUCGUUUUCUCUCGGCGCGACGUGUGGGGUAAACGAGAGUACCGUACGUAUGUUUCAAGACUUUGUGCAGGCGACCACAAUUUCUACUCUUAUGUGGAAGUGUCGCUCUCCUGUGGUGGAAGAUACAAUCUGGCACAGGCAGCCGUGCUUGGCAUGCAUCGUGAACAACCUGUGCUGUUUGUGGCCAUGGCCAUGGGGCAAGCGUCGACCCCUACACACGCAGACAGGUCGGCUCUUUGUGUGUACAAGGUGGAAGAGCUGGAUAAAGCUCUGCAUGGUGCCCAGCUGCUGUGUUACACCCAGGAGGGCAAAGAUAGCAAUGGCAAGGAGAAGGCUUACAUAGAGUACGAAGUGUCCUCCAGUUGCUUGAAACUCCCGCAGGAUUCUUUGACGGAGUACCCAUGUGGAGGGGAACACACGCCCAGCCCCAUCGCAAGUGCCAUUCCUCUUGAGGCCACCCCUGCUUUCACCUGGACUCCACCCAUCACCGCCAUCGCCACGGCAACAGAGGUCGGCCACACUAUCGUACUGCUAGGAGACAAAAGCGGAAGGCUGCACAAGGUGUUCCUACAUGCAAAUGAUACUGGCACCAAAUAUGACACCGUGGAGGUGGAUACAGAUAGUUCCAUUAAUGCUGACCUGCUGUUGGACUCUACCAAACAGAACGUCUAUGUGUUGACGGAAAGACGGGUUACAAAGCUGCAGGUGUCUCAGUGUGAGAUGCACUUAGACUGCCACUCCUGUCUGUCUAACAGAGACCCCUACUGUGGUUGGUGUUCACUGGAGGGCAGAUGCACACGGAAGAUGGAUUGUGCACGACAUGCUCAGCCACACCACUGGAUCUGGAGUUACGGACGUGAACGUCAGUGUGUGUCCAUAGAGAAUCUAGAACCCGCCAUCCAGAGCAGAGAACAACAGACACGGGUUUCAUUCACUGUUGUACAGUUGCCAGUGUUGUCAAAGGAUGAGUCUCUAUCUUGCACUUUUGGGAGUUUGGCUGCUGAGCCUGUGGUUGUCAGGGAGAACCGAAUCACAUGUCAAUCACCUGCACCAGAAGAGCUCCCCACAAGCCCGCCAGGCAACGAUCACGUGUCUGUUCGAAUGGAGCUGAAGUUCGGAAACGUGACCAUCUCGCACACAAACAUCACUUUUUAUGACUGUAAAGCAGUCGGACGACUCAACGCAACAUCACCGUGUAUGGCAUGUGUGAGCAGUAUGUGGCCGUGUCACUGGUGUGUGAAGGAUGAGCUCUGCACUCAUGACAAGAGUUGCCCCAGACAACACGCCAUCUAUAACAGCAGGGAGCAGUCAACACCUCGAGGGCCCGACUCUUGCCCCUGCGUUUGGGCCCUGCAAAGCUCGCCACUGGUUCCUGUUGGCUUUGACACGGAGGUCACUCUACAGGGCAAAAACCUGGACAUAUUUGAGGAUGAGGAAGAUUACGCAUGUGUGCUGGUCAUCGAAGGCCGGGAGCUGCGUUUGCGGGCCACGUUGGACCGCAGCAAAGAGACGGGGGCACAUGUGUUCAAGUGCACAGCUCAUCAGUUUCAGUACUCAGAAAAGCAGUUUGAAUAUUCAGCCCCUGUAUAUCUGCAGUGGGGGACACAGCGUAUAGAUUCAGCACCACAUCUCCGCCUGCAGCUGUAUAACUGCUCAGUGGGACAGUCCGACUGCAGUCAGUGUCGUGCGGUUGCUGCCGAUUACGGGUGUGUGUGGUGUGGUGAUGAAACUCCCAGCUGUCUUUAUAACCAAUCAUGCACCAGUGGAACCAUUGACACCUGCCCUCCCCCUCUCAUUACUCAGGUCGAGCCACUGACCGGGCCACUAGAGGGCGGCAUUCUGCUGACAAUCCAAGGCUCGAACCUAGGCCAGAGCUUUCAGGACAUCCAGGCGGGAGUAACAGUGGCAGGCGUGACCUGCAGACCUCUAUCUGAGGCCUAUCGCAUAUCCACCAGCAUUGUGUGUGAACUUCAAGCCAGUGCAAAUAUCACAGCUGGACCAGUGGUCAUCACUGUCAGAGGUUCGGACAGAGGAGAGUCUCAGCAGACGUUCUCGUAUCAGAACCCACAGCUGAGCCGGAUUAUGCCUGAGAAAGGUCCUUUAGCUGGAGGGACGAUGCUCACGAUUCUUGGGUCUCAACUCCUGACGGGACAAAAAACAGAGCAAAGAAUCGACCAGAUAACAGGCCUGCAGGCGUUUGUGGGCUUGCAGCCCUGUCGCAUAGAUGGAGUGAGUGACACUCGGCUGAUCUGUCGCACCAGUUACUCAAACCAAACAGGAAAUGUGCCAGUCAAAGUCUUGUUUGGAAGGGCAGAGAGGAUUGUGGGUACUGUCCUAUUCAGCUAUAUGGAAGACCCAAUCAUUAUCGAUGUAACCCCUACAGAGAGUUUCUAUGGGGGUGGCCGUGCUGUAUAUGUGACUGGACAACACCUUGAUGUCGUUCAACAGCCAAAGAUGUCAGUUUCUUAUGAGCCGAGAGAACCUUUUGAAGCCAGAAAGCGGCGAUACAGUCACAUUUCUGUCAGGAAUCCCCUGAUAAUGAGACAAGAGUUGUGCACCAACGUUACCUCUGAGCGGAUGAUUUGCUGGAGCCCCACAGUGCAGGGGGAUUCUAGGAUUGUGCGAGUGUGGUUCGAGAUGGACAACGUGCACAUUGACUUUCACACCAUCAAGAACAAACCAUUCAUAUACCACUCAAACCCAGAUUUAUUCCAGCUCAACAGUGAGGCUCCGGGAAUGGCCAUCCGCUUCAAACCUGGAGGAGUGCUAGCUGUGGAGGGCAAGGGAUUGACACUGGCCAUGAGCAGAGAGGAAGUUCUCGCACAGUUGGGAGAUAAAGAGUGUGACGUGAAGACCCUAGAUAACACACACCUGUACUGUGAACCACCUGAGGAACAGCCUGUCCCUGUGGGUGACAAGAAAUUACCCAGCCUCAAAGUGUUAAUGGGAAAGCUGGAGUUUGAUUUGGGUCCAGUGCAGUACGACAAUCAUCUUCACUCCCCAGUGCCUCUGGCAGCUCAGGUCGGACUGGCAGCGGGGGCGGCAGUGGUCGUUCUCAUCGUACUGGUCAUCAUUCUCAUGUACAGGAGGAAGAGUAAACAGGCUCUGAGAGAUUAUAAAAAGGUUCUGGUGCAGCUAGAGACUCUGGAAAUAAAUGUCGGAGAUCAGUGCAGAAAAGAGUUUACUGAUCUGAUGACCGAGAUGAUGGAUCUGAGCAGUGACGUUGGUGGUCCUGGAAUUCCGUUUCUGGAUUACCGCACAUAUGCAGAACGUGUUUUCUUUCCAGGCCAGAAGGGGGCGCCACUGAGUCAGAACCUGGACUUGCCUGAUUCUCGCAGACAGACUGUGGUGCAGGGCCUGGGUCAACUCAAUAACCUGCUCAACAACAGACUCUUCCUGAUACGGUUCAUUCAUACCCUGGAAGCGCAGCAGAGUUUCUCACAGAGAGACAGAGGUUAUGUUGCAUCUCUACUCACGAUGGCUCUACAUGAUAAGCUGGAGUACUUCACUGAUGUCAUGAAGACUCUGCUGGGGGAUCUGGUGCAGCAAUAUGUGGCCAAGAAUCCCAAACUCAUGCUGCGCAGGACUGAAACGGUUGUGGAGAAGAUGCUGACCAACUGGAUGUCCAUCUGUCUCUACUCUUUUCUCAAGGAGGUUGCCGGAGAGCCUCUCUACAAGUUGUAUAGGGCUAUUAAGUACCAGGUGGAUAAAGGACCGGUGGAUGCAGUGACUGGCAAAGCCAAACGCACUCUCAAUGACAGUCACCUUCUCAGAGAGGACAUAGACUACUGCUCAAUAACACUGACAGUGCUGGUGAAAAGUGGAGUCGAGGUCCAGCCCUGUCCUGUUAAAGUUCUGGACUCUGACACAAUAACUCAAGUUAAAGAUAAAAUCCUGGACCAGAUCUAUAAAGGAGCUCCUUAUUCCCAGAGACCAGCCGCAGACUCAUUGGACCUUGAGUGGCGAUCAGGUCAGGCGGGUCACCUGACUCUUUCUGAUGAUGAUGUCACAGCCAUCGUUCAGGGUCGCUGGAAACGGAUUAACACUUUACAGCACUACAAGGUGCCUGAUGGGGCCACCGUGGCUCUCAUCCCUCGUUCCCAGAGUUCUCUAGGAGUAAACCAGGUGUACCAGACUGGAGAGAAAACUCCUAUCCUGGAGGGGGAGGAGGAGGAAGGUCUUCGGUUGUGGCAUCUAGUAAAGCCAAGCGAAGACUCUGAAAUCCCCAAACACAGGAAGAGCAGCAUGAGAGAGAGAGAGCGAGCAAAAGCAAUCCCAGAGAUCUACCUAACACGACUGCUUUCAAUGAAGGGCACGCUGCAGAAGUUUGUAGAUGAUGUGUUUGUAGCCAUUUUGAGCACUAAAAGGCCUCCACCCAUUGCUGUCAGAUUCUUUUUUGACUUCCUGGAUGAUAUGGCAGAGAAACAUGGCAUCGACGACCCAGAGACGGUGCACAUCUGGAAAACAAACAGUUUACCUUUGCGUUUCUGGGUGAACAUCUUGAAGAACCCUCAGUUUGUUUUCGAUGUGCAGGUGACGGAUAGUGUGGAUGCCGUCCUCUCCGUUAUCGCACAGACCUUCAUUGAUUCCUGCACUACAUCCGAGCACAAAGUGGGUCGGGAUUCGCCUGUGAAUAAAUUGUUGUACGCCAGGGAAAUUCCACGAUACAAGCAGCUGGUGGAAAGGUACUAUAGUGAUAUUCACAACGCAGUGUCUGGCUGUUAUCAGGAAAUGAAUUCCACCCUCACAGAGUUGUCAGGGAGUUUUGCAUCAGAGAUGAACAGUUUGGUGGCGUUGCAUGAACUAUACAAGUAUAUCAACAAAUACUAUGAUCAGGUUAUCAUGUCUCUGGAGGAGGACGCUGCGGGGCAAAAGAUGCAGCUGGCGUAUCGCCUGCAGCAGGUUGCUGCCCUGGUGGAGAAUAAAGUCACUGACCUUUAGGCUUUGGCCUUUUACCCUUUAAUCACAGAGUCCAAUCGGUGCUUUUUCAAGCGACGUGUUGAUUGAUCGGCUGAUUAAAUCCAGCCACAGUGCCAAACUCUGCCCUCCCCGCGUGCUUCCAUGACUUUUCCGAUGAGCACUCAGCGAAUUCUUAACAAAAGGGAACCGGAAAUGAAGUUAUGACCACUUCUUUUCAUGAAACCCUAAUGGUAAUUUUACUGGAGAAGGAUCGGUUUUCAAACUGAAGCUACAAACUACUCCUAGUAGCAUUGAUGAAUUGAAAGUGUGUGCGUGCGUGUUCAUGUUUGUUAAUUGGUGGUGUGUUUGUCCAAAAGGGGCUGCUGUAUAUGUGAAGCUUACUGGAAUUAAAAUUAUUUGACCCCAAAUCUACUGAAGUGGUUCUCACAUGUAUUGUGACAUGCUGAGACACAUUUUUAAAAAACAAUUUUUAUACUUAAAUUCCAUGAUCAAAGUUUCAUGGACUGCUACAAGGUGUGACCUCCUAACAACCAUUGCAAUCAUCUCAAAACUAUUUACAUCCUUCAGUUACUUCAUCUAUAUGGAGUAUUUUGUUCCAGGUUUAGAGAUGUCAAAGUUUUCUCUUUGCCUAGUUUUUAUGCUUCGAUCAAAACUCAAAAUCAAAGUCUGGCCAUGUGGUAUUAACAUUUUAUACUGACAUUUCUACAUUAGUAUUGCUGAUCACUCAAGUAUUAAACUUGGAACUUUUAUGCGGAACAUUCUAGAGUAAGUUUAUGCACACAAGUGCCAAAACAAGUUAUAAGAGCACAAGAUUUGUGUGUGCAUAUUAUUGUGUAAUUUAAUAAGUGCAUGCAAGUGAGUCACAAAUUCGCCAUUCUUUGUUUUUCGCUGUUGUUAACAUCUCAAAUGUCUUGAUUCUUGUACUGCAGAUCUAUGACCUGGUUAACUUAAAGUUCAUCAUAGCAUUGAUAUGCCUUCAUUCCCAAGAUUUCUGAUACAUGAUGUGGUUGUUCUUUCACCUUUUGCAUACAAAAUUAAGCCUUUUUUAGGACCAUUAAAGGAAUGUUACAGAUUCAAUAAAAGUUAAGCUGAAUGAACAACAUUUGUGGAAUAAUGUUAAUUUCCACAAAAGAAUUUAUUUUGACAUGUCCCUCCUUUUUAUUAAACUAAAAAUUGAAUAAUAUAUUUAAUGUAUAAUAUAUAUAUAUAUAUAUAUAAUUUUUUUUGCUUUGCUAUUCUAUGCUUUUUGUGUACAAGUCCAAAUGAAAAUCAACAUUAUGCUACAAAUGCUGUUGACUGUUUCAGCUUUUUUGUUUUAAAUAAUCACAUAUCAAAGACUAUAUAGCCAUGAUGUAUAAAUACUUCACAUUUAUUGUCAUUUAAUGCCAAUUUUUUUCACAUUACGGUUAUACUAAAUUUUUUGCAUUACGGUAACAAGAGCUGGGGGUGGGGUGGUAAAUGUGUUUAAUCGUCAUGAAAAUAAUGCUACAAUGCCAAAAGUCUUAAUGGUCCUAAAAUAGGCUUCAUUUUUCCUUGGAUGUUUGGGUUAAAUAUGACCCAGUUUGCCCAUACUUGCAUGUACUGUAAUUUAAUAGCACAAGGGAGCACAUUUCUCCAAGCUAUAAUAAUAUGUGAUUUGUGUAUCAAAUGAAAUCCAAAGAGAUACAGCUGGGAUGUGCAGUUUCUUGGGAGAUAUUGAAACAAAACUGGGUCAGUUUGGGUCUUUGGAUUCUGAGGUGACAGGCGGAGAAAAGCGUCUUUAUUGCUCAGUUCCAGUGAUUAGAACAGCAGCGGUUGAAUUGAGAGUUGUGUAAAUCAGACACUGAAUAGAAACUUAUAUUGUAAAUAAUGCUUAUUUAUACAUGACCGCCAAAUGUGCCUUUGUUACUUCUUAUAAUGUCUACCAAUUAAAAUACACAUGCUUGACAUUACUUGCCAAGUCAAGAAGAUGAGGAACUGUGGCACAAAUAUUGCCCGUGGAAGUGUGAAUUAGUGAAGAUCAAUGGCGAGUUAAUUCUGUUAUAUUGGGCUCUUGGUCACUGUGUGUGUUUCAGCCUCAGGAUUACAGCCGCUGAUCUCAAUGGAUUCAGUAUAAACACACUUUUGUAGCCUAUUUCAUUUCUAGUUCAGUCCAGCACUUCAUUUCCAACCUGGUUUAACAUGUCACAGGUGACGAAAGUGUAAAUUGUAAUUGUAAUGAUUUCAGCUUGAACUUUAAACUAUACGUUAUGUGCUCUGUUCAUGUUUGCUUGUUAAAAUUAUGAUUUGUUUAUUGCCAGAAGCACUUUGUGUUUAAAUUUUGGUGCACCCAUAAUGUCUGCAUUUUUGUAAAGCUUAAAUUAAAGGGUUUAUGCUUUAAUGUAAUCCUUUUUAUGUAAAGAACUGAAAAUAACAUUUGAAUCUUUCAUUCAUUGAAGGGUCAAAUCUAAACCCCUGUUUGAUGCUUUCAUACAAACUAGAUGCAGUCUGGACAUCUAUUUGAAAUGUAUUUCUGAAGGCUUCCCUGGUCCUGCAUUUAUUUAUGCGAUUUCGGUUCAUCAUAUUAAUAUGCACAGGGUUGUGUUGUAAAAAAAUAUCUCAACUUAUUAGUUUGCUUAUCCUCUGUAUGUUUACUAGCCUGUUUUUGAAUGUGUUUGGCCUCUUGAUGUAUUUUUGAUUAUUAGACUGAUGCAUGCUUGAGAUUUGAUUGGAUUUUCUGAUUGGUAUGGUUGAUGAGAGUUUCACUCUACGGACUGCAUUAUGAGUGCAUGACUCUCAUAAACACGAGUGGACCACUCUGUGUGAAUGAGAUGUGUGUGUGCAUUAAAGCUUGUAAGUAUAAGUAGCGCUUUGUACAUGACGGUGAGGUUAUUUGCAAAUCUCCUAUGUACUCUCAUUUCUUUACACAACAUCUUUUGUACAGUCUGGCAAUUUACUGUCUUGCCAGUCGUGAGGAAUACAGCAUCUUUGCAGAUUAACAAUUCAGCCCAUUGUUAAAAAGGAUUGUUGGCGUAUAUGAAGCCCUUGCUCUCUACCACAUUUUACACAACUUUUAUACAAGGGGGAAAAGUAUAUGGUCAUUUUCUUAUGAAGUUGUUGUUAAAAGAGAACUUAGACCCAUUCUAAAGACUCUUUUCUAUUUGUAUUGUGUAUAGUUUGCUAACAGUUGUGUAUAUGUGCCUGUACAUAUUGUGAAGAAGACAUGUUUUUUCCCCAUCUUGGAUAGAAUUACUCUCUCCAUUGAGGAGAAAUUGGGAGCCAAAAUGUUGAAAUGAGUGAAAUUGACAUUUUGUAUCUGGAAAAAAAUAAAGCUAUAAUUUUAACAAUGAAGACAA